GAACAGAUGUAAAGAAGUAGCAGCAUUGUUUGUGCCCAUAAAUGGUAAGGUGAAAGUAGGAACUGUUAGCUCUUGGCACCAGCCAUGGCCAGGGGGGUUCCUUGGAGUGUCAUUAAAGCCUGCAGAGGUGGAUGGAGAAGAGAGGAGGAACUCACCUGCUGCUGGCUUACGGCCGAGGCAGCAAAUGUGGCCGCCACACACCACCAUUUUUAUGAGCUUGAACAACCGUCCUGCUCCUCCUUUUGUCACAUCCAGUGAGAGUUCUUCAAGUGCUUUGCUGCUGCUCCUUUUGGGCUUUAGGCUGAUUGAGCAAAACAUGGGAAUGGCGAUGAGGUGCAUCUUGGUCCUCUUCUCUGUCUCCCCUCUGCUGCUUCUGUUCAACCUUGAGAUGCUGGAGGAUGCUCUCCAUCUAGCAAACCAUGACAAGGAGCUCGACGUCGCUGCGAUAACUCCUGCCAGUUUCAGCUUCAUGUCCAGGUUUAGGAUAAUGCUGGGGAUGAGUCAUCAUCAUCGGUCACAGGGCCGAAGGCAUAAGAGAAGUUCAGAAGCUCCAGCUCCAGCACCAGCACCAGUCCCAGCCCUUCAAGCAAGAUCAGAAGCUCCUGCCCCUCUUGUUCGUGUGCCUCGGAAAGGAAUGCCAUCAACUCAUCGCAGCCACAUUGCCCCAGCAAGGAGCCCAGUGCACAGAAUGGAGGAUGGAGGCCACACCAAGCUCCCGAGAUCCACCAUUGUUGCCCUGGGUGUGGUUGGAUUAUGCCUAGUUGUUCUUGGAGCUACCAUAGUAGCAUUGUCAGUUGGAAGAUCAAGGAAGGUCAAGAAGGUGUGUACAACGGCAUUCAAAACAUUUUGCCAUGGAUCAAGAGAUCAAAGGUCACCUGCUGCUACCAGGAAGGUCAGUUCCCACCCUAGCCCAGAUCCGUUUUCACUAAGUUCCAUAGUACAGUACCAAGAGAACCAUCCAAACCUUAAACAAUCAUCUGAACCAAAGAGUUUAUCCAUUCAGAGUACUAUUCCAAUGGGUACAGAAUUAAUAGCAAGUGAUCCUACUGUGACAAGCAACAACUCGCACUCUGGUGAGGUUGAAUCUUUCCAUUCCAUAUCUUGCGCUGAUUUCUCAGUUGGCUCCAUUACAGAGGUACCACAGCAAAUUUGUGAUAAAACUAUUAUGGAUCCAUCUCGGACUUUCCUAGAAAGACAUGAUUCACCAUCUGAUUCAUCAUAUCAAUCUGUUUCACCAGAUUGUACAUCUUGUUUGUCGCCAAAGGAUCAAACAUCUUCAGCUUUCAGCCACCACAAUUUGUCUCGCACUCCUUGUCCAGAAAAACCAGAUAAAGAAAAUGCUGAAGUAAACUGUCACAAAGGAGUGAAAAUAAAUGGCAUUUCUGGGUCCACGGAGCAUCACAAAGAUCCAAUGGAAGAGCAGACGGAAACCAUCACCCCCUCCAUCACAAAGCCAAGUUCUAAGGAAUCAUCAAAGAGUUCAACAGGAGGAUCAAGGAUUGACACCUUCAGUUCAAUGGGUAUACCAAAAUCGCCACCACCCCCUCCACCACAAAAGAAUCCUCCGAGUUUGAAAGGGCAGUGCAAUAGCCAGCCUCCACCACCACCUCCAUUGCCUCUGCAGAUACAAGUUGGUAAAGACGGUUCUCCCCUUCCAAGGUUGAAACCAUUGCACUGGGACAAGGUAAGGGCUGCUCCAGCCCGCCCUAUGGUGUGGAACGAUAUAAGAUCAAGUUCAUUUGAAUUCGAGUUCGAUGAGCAGAUGAUCAAGUCUCUGUUCGCAUACAACUUUCAAGGGUCGGCAAGAGAUCAAGAGGCUAUGAGCAAGACUGUAUCUACCACCAAACAUGUUAUCGAGCAUCACAGGCUUCAAAAUACUACUAUCUUGUUGAAGACCUUAAAUGCAAACACCAGUCAAGUAUGCAAUUCUGUAAUACAAGGUAAUGGAUUGUCUGUCCAACAACUUGAAGCACUUGUCAAGAUGAAACCAACCAAGGAAGAAGAGGAAAAGUUACUAAAUUAUGCUGGCGAUAUUAACAUGCUAGAUCCAGCAGAAAACUUUGUCAAGGUGCUACUGACAAUACCAAUGGCAUUCCCAAGAAUGGAGAUCAUGCUCUACAAGGAAAAUUUUGAUGAUGAGGUAUCUCACAUCAAAAUGUCCUUUGCAAUGAUUGAAGGAGCUUGCAUUGAACUAAAGUCAAGCAAACUAUUCUUAAGAUUACUUGAAGCAGUACUCAAGACAGGAAACAGGAUGAAUGUUGGAACAUUAAGAGGAGGUGCGAGUGCUUUCAAACUGGAUGCACUUCUGAAAUUGGCAGAUAUACGUGGGGCCGAUGGGAAAACAACCCUACUGCACUUUGUUGUUCAAGAGAUGGCUCGUUCAAAAGGAUUAAAGGGUUCAGAAAAACUCAAUGAAAUACCCAGCUCUUGCCCUGACACACCAACCGAACGAGAGGAGUAUUCAUCGAUGGGCACAGAAUUUGUCUCUAAGCUCAGUAAUGAGCUAGGGAACGUCAAGAAGGUAGCAAGCAUAGAUCUGGAUACUUUGAGAAACUCAAUCUCAUAUCUAUCAUGUGGACUGGUUCAACUGAAGAAUCUUGUUGAGAACGACCUAGCUAGUGAUGACAACAAUAACAACUUCUUGCAAUGCAUGAAAUCCUUCCUAGAUUAUGCAGAGAAUACAAUGCAAGAACUCAAAGAUGAUGAAUCUCAAGUUCUACUUAAGGUCAGGGAACUAACAGAGUAUUAUCAUGGUGAGGUCAGCAAGGAUGAGUCCAACCUGCUCCAGAUAUUCAUCACUGUAAAAGAUUUUCUUGGUUUGCUGGAUAGGGUGUGUCGAGAAAUGAGGGGCACAAAGCACAACCAAACUCUCAAUUUAGUCCUUCCACUCAAGUGAGUAGGUUUAGAUUGACAUGUUGACCAGUUGAACACUAACAACUUAACUGUUUUGCAUGUGAAUGUUUGUAUAACAGUGUUAGCAUUGAGUGUUUGACAAAUUAACUGCUUGUGUAUGAGAGUUUUUCUAUGGGAAUGUUAAGAGUGGAGAUUGGUUUUUAGCAUUAAUUAUAAACAUAUUGUUUAUUUGUAGAGUGGAAUGAGCAU